GUCUCGCGUUGAAGGCUGAAAUCCCACUGCACAUUUUGAACUGCGUAGCGACACAGGCAUCGUGAGCUUUUGUGGGGCAAGAUAAUCCUCAACAUGGCAGAUGUUGUACUUCUCGACGAUGAGCCAAGUCAGGAGGAAUCUACAAUUACUGAAUCCAUUAAGUCUGAAGGCGAUGAGACAUGCGAAGAGACACCAAAUGGCGUGAAACCGGAUACCGAUGAAACCAAGCCACCCAAAGAAAAGCAUGAGGGUAAGGAGAAGUCUUCUGGGAGCAGAAGAGGAAAUCGCUACCAUCCCUACAAAGACAAACAUGGUGGAGAAAAGAAGGGCUCUCACAGGAACCGGGUGUUCAUCAGCAACAUCCCAUACGAUAUGAAGUGGCAGGCUAUUAAAGAUCUGAUGCGUGAGAAAGUUGGUGAGGUUACAUACGUGGAGCUCUUUAAGGAUGCAGAAGGAAAGUCAAGGGGUUGUGGUGUGGUGGAGUUCAAAGAUGAGGAGUUUGUGAAGAAGGCGAUAGAAACUAUGAAUAAACAUGACCUGAGUGGAAGGCCACUCAACAUCAAGGAGGAUCCUGAUGGGGAACACGCUCGGCGUGUGUUGCAGCGCAUGGGAGGAGGUCAACAGGGAGGUCGUUGGCAGGACAUGGGGCCUAGUGGGAUGAACAUCCCACACUCCAUUGCCAACAACCCAAACAUCCCACAUGACAUCAUCCAUGCUCUGCAGGCUGGACGACUGGGAAGCACCGUGUUUGUUGCCAAUCUGGAUUUCAAGGUUGGCUGGAAGAAGUUAAAAGAGGUGUUUGGAAUGGCAGGUGUGGUGAAGCGAGCAGACGUAAAGGAAGAUAAAGAUGGAAAAAGCCGUGGGAUGGGAACAGUGACUUUUGAGCAACCACUGGAGGCUGUGCAGGCCAUCUCCAUGUUUAAUGGACAGAUGCUGUUUGACAGACAGAUGCAUGUUAAAAUGGAUGAGAAAUCUAUUCCCCCUGAUGAUUUCCGUCAAGUAGAGAAGUCUCCUCAGUUACCACGGGGACUUGGUGGCAUCGGGAUGGGACUGGGACCUGGAGGACAGCCUAUAAAUGCCAACCGUCUGAGUGGUGGAGGAGGAAUGAGCUCCAUGGGACCUGGAAGUAUGGAUGUUCAGAGUGGGAUGAACCGACUUGGAGGAGGAAUGAGUGGUGGCGGAGGCUACGGAGGGAUGGAUAACAUGAGCAGCAUGGGCAACAUGGGUGGUUAUGGAGGCAGGGACAUGGCACCAGUUGGAAGGAUGGCGGACAUGUACCGGUCAGGAAUGGGUGGAAUGGAUCGGGACUUUGGCCACAGUGACAUGUCAAUGAACCGUGGAUUUGGAGAGUCUUUUGGCGGGAUGGGUGGAGGCUUUGGUGGAGGCAUGGGCAGUGGUGGCAUGGGGCACAUGGGGACUGGACUAGGAGGUGGCAUGGGAAACAUGUCUAUGGACCGCAUGGGCUCCAACUUUGACCGUAUGGGCAUGUCAGGGAUGGACAUGAACCGUGGCUUUGGUGGCUAUGGAGGAGGCGGAGGAAUGUCAGACAGAGGCUCAGGGUCCAAAGGUGGCUGUCAGAUCUUUGUGCGAAAUCUUUCCUAUGAUCUGACAUGGCAAAAGCUGAAAGAGAAGUUCAGCCACUGUGGCCAGGUAAUGUUUGCAGAGAUCAAGAUGGAGAAUGGAAAGUCAAAAGGCUGCGGUACAGUGAGGUUUGACUCUCCAGAGAGCGCUGAGAAGGCCUGCAGGAUGAUGAAUGGAACCAAGAUCAAUGGCCGAGAGGUGGAUGUCCGCCUUGACCGCAACGCCUAGAGCUUUUAUAGAAAUCCUGCUAACACACUUCCACAUUCAGCCCUCUUGCCAAUGAUCUUUUGUUUUGUUUUAAAAACACAAUUGUCAUAUCUCCAUAUGUCCACUGUUUCAUUUUUUGUUAUAUAAACUACAUAGUUCUUUUAUCUUUGUUUUGUAAACCCUUUUUAAUUUGUUAGGCAGUUUAUUUGAUCAAAUAAACUUUUUAAUUUUUAAA